AUGAGUGUAGCCACUCUAGCUUUGCGGCAUGGUAUCCCUCACAAGCAUGCUUCACAAGACCAUGCCGCAAAGCUGUUCACUUGGAAGAACGUUACCAAUGCUGCUCUUGGACCAGCCUCACUCUCGAAAGCCAUGAAAGACGUAUACGAGCUCAUGCGCCUGUCGGAUUCUGCUGAAGAUGGCGACGACAAGUCCACUGUCGCUGAAGAUGUGCUCAAAGUAGAAGUGGCUGGACCCGAGCAAGAGCACUUCUCCGUGGUUGACGUUCCAGGCACCUUCACAAUCGCCACCGAGGGGAUAUAUCACUCCAGAACAAGACUGUCUACAAGCACUCAGAUUUCAAGCACUACUGUCUAG